AUGCAGUCUGUGUUUGCGCGAUCGCAGUACGCUCGACUCCGGUUCUUUGUUAGACGAACACCGUGGGCGCGAAACUUCGCAUCGUCGUCCUGUCGGUAUGAGAUAAGGGACAUUGAAACACUUCCCCAGCGCAUCUUACCCAAGUACCAAGAAUCCUUGGUUGAAUUUGUAACUCAUGCGACAUCUACAUACCCGUCCACCUCAAUCAUCCUCGAGCCGAAGACCGCCGAAGAAGUCCAUUCCUUACUUCCUUGCCCGGUUUACUCAGCCCCAGUGGACAGCCUGCCGGCCGCACUACACAACAAGGCGGACCUCACGGUAACGCUCGGAGGCGAUGGGACGAUCUUGCAUGCAUCGUCGCUGUUUGCGACGUGUUUCAACGUGCCCCCGGUCCUGUCUUUCAGCAUGGGCACGCUCGGAUUUCUCAGCGAAUGGAAGUUCGCAGAGUAUAAACGAGCCUUCCGUGAAGUUUACAUGUCUGGCGCGGGGGCUGGGGACCGGGCAUCGGUGCUCGAGAGCGCCAGGACGGCGACAGAGGAUGCGCCACGGGAGUCAUCCAUGGGGCCAACGGGAUGGUCGUCCAUUCGAGGAAAGUCCAUGGGAUCCGGCCGCGGGGCGCGAAUCUUGAUGCGCAACCGUUUGAAGGUGGGGCUGUUCAUGGCGGAUGGGACACCGGUUGGGCAAGACGCGAACUCCGUACCUCUACGGAGUACCUUGGGGAGCGAGGGGGUGUACGUGAUGAACGAAGUGCUUCUCCACCGGGGCAAAGAACCGCAUCUGGCGGUGGUGGACGUGUACGUGGGCGGCCGGUUUCUAACGGAGGCGGUGGCGGAUGGCAUCAUCAUCUCGACGCCCACCGGCAGUACGGCGUACAGUCUGAGCAGCGGCGGCAGCAUCGUUCACCCGUUGGUGCCAUCGGUGCUGCUGACGCCGAUCUGCGCGCGGAGCCUCAGUUUCCGACCCCUGGUGCUUCCGUCCAGUACGCCGAUCACGCUGCGGCUAAGCGAGAAGAACCGGGGGCGGGAGCUGGAGGUGAGCAUUGACGGGGUCAACCUGGGACAAGGGAUGACGGUGGGGAUGGAAGCUCGGGUGUGGAAUGAGGAGAUGCGGCAUGGCAAGAAUGAAUGGCAGGGGGGAGUACCGUGUGUGAUGCGACGGAUUACGGGGGGCGAAGCGCACGACGGAUGGGUGGGAGGGUUGAAUGGGCUGUUGAAGUUCAACUAUCCCUUUGGGGAAGAGCCGUGA